AGUUGCCAUGGCAACACGUCUGUUUAAUUGAUAAUGCCGCGUGGUGCCGUGCCGCGCAGCCGGGCCGGCGUUACAAGUAUUCACGGUGGCUGCAGGAAGAGCGUGAAACUCACCCAAACCACCCUACAUUCACUAGCUACCCCGUGCGAAAGGUCAAACAUUAAUAGAACAUAAAGCUCGAAAAUUAAUUGUCAAAGGCCUUUUUGUUACAACCCCGGUGAUACGAAAUGAGUAACCAGAAAAUAGAUACGGGACCAGAAGCACAACCGACGGAGGCUCAGACACCAACUGGGGACGUAACAACACCCGGCUCGACUGCUAAUAUUCCCGUGAAGAAAGAGUCGAAUGGGCCCGAACAGGCAUCACAGUCGACUUUGGCAGCGGCCCCGGCGGAGGCGGCGGAAGCAGCGUCCGCCGCAUCUGUCUCCACCGCGCCGAAACCGUCUCCCAGCGCCGCACCAGCCGAUGAGGUGAAAACAGAGCCAGCCGAGGCCCCGGAUUCGGGUGAGGCCGCCCCGGCGCCGGCCGCAGGACCAGAGCAGGGUGCGCCGGGCGCGGAGACGACUACCGGGGCGGGCGGGGACCAGGCUCCCACCGACCAGCCGCCGCCGGAGGAGGAGCCGGUGCCGCAGCUGGUGAAGGUGGUCCACUCGGCACGCAGCGUGUUCCGACAGAGGGACGUCAAGGAGUACGACCCGUUCACGGCCCACCUGGAGCGGCGCAUCACCAAACUGUUCGAGGCGUUGGACACGGAACAGACGGGCCGAGUGGACGUCCACGAGCUGGGCACCCUCAUCAGGUCGGUGGGCUGCUGUCCCAGCGAGACCGAACUGCAGGAAAUGGUCACCCAGCUGGAGGAAGAGGGCCAGCCGGGCUUCAUCCGACUGCAGACCGUGAUGCCCUACAUUAUCCAGUGUGUCGAGGACAGAAAAUAUCCGUCCGCGUCCACCGAACAACUGCUGCAGGCCUUCCAGGUGUUGGCCGAGGACUGUGCCGCCCAGGAGGAGGCCCGCGCCGGCCCCAAGCGGGAGAAGAAGGAAGAGGAGAAGGACACGCUGCCGCAGGACAAGCUGGUGCACAUUCUGACCGAGGAGGGUGAACACUUCAGCCAGGAGGAGGUGGAGGAGAUGCUGUCCGCGGUGCCAUCCUCGGAGACCGGCCGGGUCCGCUACGCCGAGUUUGUCAAACAGCUGGUGGUGCCCGAGCUCUGGUGAGGCGGAGAUGCUAGUCUGAAGCAUAGAGACUGGUCGAGCUAACAAUCUGGUGACCAGACUGCGACUGGGUGGCGGUGUCAAAGAUGCGGACAUUGAGCGGCUGUAAAACGGACCAUGAGACUCUGACUGAAGAAUAGACAAAAUCUCAAUUA